GAUGGAAGGCGGCGGAAGGCCUAGAGGCAGCGCAGCGCCUUCUGGGAUGCAUAGGGGAGUCUCUCUUCUGGGAGCAGCGGCAAGAAUUGCGUUGUCAUAGUAACAGUAGGCGUCGAAACUUGUCUUGCCUGAGAAGCCACCUCGGAGGAGGCUCCCAGCUUUCUGACUGGUUGAGAAAACCGGCCUGUCUGAUUCGGUCCAGCUCCCCGCCUCUGGGCAGGCGGGCAGAAAAUAGCUGACUUCAGCAGUCGCUCAUGUGACCACUGCAGCUCCAAGUCCUGUCCCUGUCCCAGGCCAGGGUGGGCACUUUCAGGGGCUCCUUCUGGGAGGGGUACAGGUAGGGACCCCAGCCCUGCCCUUCCACCGCUGGAAUUGCUGAGGGGGAAUGGGACAGGCAUUGUUGGACAGACUUGGGCAUAUCAGAAGUCAGACCUUCUCUGCUGGUCCAGGACGCUUGGGGCAGCAGGGACAGAAUGUGGCUGGCCUCACUAUGUCUCUCACCAUCCCUGCCUGCCCUCCCCCUCCUCUUGUCCCCUUACCUCCAGGAAGCCCAGCUCUGCCCUGCCCUUCCUUCCUUUGUUCUUUGGCCUUCCUUUCCUUUCAGCUGCAGACCUUUUCCCCUUUCUCUCUGCUGACUUAGGAGUGUGCCGCAGCCGCCGGGCGUGGAGGGAUUAAUCAGUGACAGGAAGCUGCCUCUUUCAGAGCAGUGACUGGCUGUGGUCAGGAGAGCCUCUGCAAGGCCAGUCCUAGGAGUCUGUCCCACUCCCUGCCUGCUGCUCACCCCUGCUCCUGCCAUGGGGUGCCUUGGGGCCCUUCUCCUCCUGCUGGGGGGCCUGGGAGCUCUUGCCUGGACCUGCGAAAUAGCAAAGGUGGACAGCGACCUGGUGGAGAGACUGGGCCAGCGCCUCUUGCCCUGGAUGGACCGGCUCUCCCCGGAGCAGCUGAACCCCAGUAUCUACGUGGGCCUGCGCCUCUCUGGCCUGCAGGCCGGGCCCAAGGAGGCCCACUACCUGCACAGCCUCAAGCUCAGCUACCAGCAGAGCCUCCUGAGGUCUGUCUCCAGCAAUGACAAGAGUGAUUCGGAGGCCAAGCCCUCUAUGGGCCAGCUGGCCCUCUAUCUGCUCGCUCUCCGGGCCAAUUGUGAGUUUGUUGGAAGCCGCAAGGGGGACAGGCUGGUCUCACAGCUGAAGAGGUUCCUGGAGACUGAGAAGAGGGCUAUUGGGCACAAUCACAAGGGCCACCCCCACACCAGCUACUACCAGUAUGGCCUGAGCAUCCUGGCCCUGUGUCUCCACCGGAAGCGGGUCCAUGACAGUGUGGUGGGCAAGCUCCUGUACGCCAUAGAACAUGAACAGCAUCCUGACCUCUCUGUGGACACAACAGCCAUGGCAGGCUUGGCCUUCUCCUGUCUGGAGGUAUCCAACCUCAACCUCAAUCAGAGAGACCGGAUUGCCCUGGCCAUCCAGAGAGUGCAAGAGAGGAUCCUUAGGGCCCAGACCCCAGAGGGCCACUUUGGGAAUGUCUACAGCACCCCUCUGGCUCUUCAGUUCCUGAUGACCUCCCUCAAGCCCAUGGAGGAGCAGGGCACAGCAUGCCUCAAGGCAAAGGCUGCUCUGUUGGACAGCCUACAGCACAAGGCCUUCCAGAAUCCUCUCGUGAUUUCUCAGCUUCUGCCUGUCCUGAACCAGAAGAGUUACGUGGCUCUCAUCUCGCCAAACUGCCAGGCACCAAAAGUCAUAUUGGAAACAGUUAAGGAGACUCCUUCACAGACACAAGUCCCAGAGGUCAUCCAUGUCACACUGAAGGUCCCCAGCAUCUUUCCUCCAUACAAACACUCCAUCUCUGUCCUUGACGGCUCCUCCUUGGAAGAUGUCCUGAAGAAGGCCCAGGAGCACGGAAGAUUCAGGUAUGGAACACAGGCCUCCUUGUCAGGCCCCUACCUGACCUCUGUGAUGGGGAAAAAAGCUGAGGGACCUGAGUACUGGCAGCUCCUCCGAGCCCCCAACAUCCCCCUGCUGCAAGGUAUUGCUGAUUACAGACCCAGAGAUGGAGAAACCAUCGAGCUGAGGCUGGUUCGCUGGUAGCCCCUUGGGCUCACCCACCCUAACUGCCUCCCACACUUCCUGGGCUUCUCUCUCCAGACAUCCCUGUAACAGCCACAUGCUGACGCUGCUGCCUCCUCCUGUGCACUUGUCCCUGGAUCACCCGAGUUACCACCCCUGUGGGGGUCCUAAGCCACUGCUCACCCUGGAGCAGGGAGCCCAGCACCUUCUCCAGGAGGUCUGACUGCCUGGGCUUGGCCGUACCUGGCCCUACAGGUAUCCCGUGAAGGCUGAACGUGGGCUAGAGGGGGUCAUGAAUAUCUCUGUUGACUCCUUGGCUCAAGAAGGCCGCCAGAUGUUGGUGUUGUGAGUACCGCUGGCUCCAGGAUUGGAGUCUUGCAAGGAGAGCUCCAUGGCCUGACCCCAGCUCUUCACUCAGGCAGGGCUGUGGCCCCAGAGCCGGCCGUGAGGUAGCAGCUGGCAAGAACUCUGCAGGCCCGCUCUCACUGCACCUCCAAAAUAAUUAAAGAAUUGAUUGUGCACGUGC